CUGGCCAACUGCAAACUUGUCGAGCUAAACAUGUCAAGUGGAAAGCUAGAUGUCGAGCUUGUCAAGCUAAACAUGUCAAGUGGAAAGGCAAAUUUAGAACUAGUCAAGCUAAACAUGUCAAGUGGAAGCAAAGAGGGAAAGCUUUACAGGCUAGACAAGUAAAUUAUGAAACCGAAUGUGCCAA